ACGGCGUGGAGGCGGGAACCGCAACGGAGAGCGGUCUCCAGGUACCCUUCACUUUAUGCGGGCAGUUAUAUAUCUUGCCUUGCACCAAUGUACUCACCGCGGCCGUCUCGGGUCUAACUUACACUCUCGCUCCUCACUUGCCUAGAGAACUUCAUCACCACGCCAUCCAACUAACAGUCUGCAUCCAUUCAUCAAGGAGAAGAAGUUCAACAUGUGUGGCCCCGAAACUCCCUCCAGCACCCCCCGCGUCGGCGCCCGCGUCGACUUCUUCCCCGCCGCCGGCGUCGACGCAACCCAGCUGCCCGUCGGCAACCUGCUGUUCGUGAACCCGACCUCGCCGUCCAGCUCGCACGCCACGCAUGUGCGGUUCCAACAACAAUACCACUCCGGCGCCGGCGCCGGCGCCGCCCACGGCGAGGACGACAGCCUGCUAGUAUCCAUCCACCUAACAGGCGACCUCACCCAACCGCUCUCCACAGCCGGCAUCCUGCAGCAGUUCACCCUGCGCAGCAGCAGCAACCCCGGCACCACCGCCACCACCACCGAAACUGACGCUCUCUCGAGCGGCGGCGUCGACGUGCCCCUAGCCGCGUCCCUCCUGCUGGCCGUCGGCGCCGACGGCAUCAUCGGGCGGCGCGUGUCGGUGCGGCGGGGCCGCGGCGGGGCGGUGCUGGCGGACGGGAUCGUGGGGUUUAAUUUCCUGCCGCCGGCGGUGAAGGCUUAGUUGAGAAGGAAAAGGAGAUGUAUAUAGUAUGUUCAUUCUUCGGGGGCGUUGUUGAGUUGGCGAUUCCGGGAGUGUGUCCAGGGGAUGUGGUGGGAGCAUGGCUCGGCGUUCUGGUUUAGGGAUUGAGGGACACUCACUGCUGGUCGGUGGCCGGUUGGUGAUCGCGCUGGACGGGCUCGCUGUGGGAGGGCGUUCUUUGCAUCGGGCGUUGGGAUUGGCGUUUGGUCGGGGGAUAGCACGCCGGCGGAGUUGGGAGU